CAAACCUUAAGGGCAAAUUCAGAACCUACAUUUUAUAUAAAGUCCAGGUGCCACUCCACUUGAAUGCAAUUCUAUAUUAUCAAACGCAAAAAUAUACCUUUCAAUCUCAACAAUGGCGAUGGCUUUCAAGAUGGCAACCACUGGAAUGUGGGUGACGGAUGAAUGCAAGAACUCGUUCAUGGAGAUGAAGUGGAAGAGGGUCCACAGGUUCAUAGUGUUCAAGAUCGAUGAGAAAUCCAGGCUGGUGACCGUCGAUAAGGUCGGUGGCCACGGCGAGGGCUACGAGGAGCUCGCUGCUUCCUUGCCCAACGAUGAUUGUAGAUAUGCCGUCUUCGACUUCGACUUUGUCACCGUCGAUAAUUGCCGGAAAAGCAAGAUCUUCUUCAUUGCAUGGUCUCCCACAGAAUCAAGAAUUAGAGCAAAAAUGCUGUAUGCAACCUCCAAGGAUGGAUUGAGGAGAGUGCUAGAUGGCAUCCAUUAUGAACUCCAAGCAACCGACCCAACUGAGAUGGGCUUUGAUGUCAUAAGAGACAGAGCCAAAUAAAUAUGAUUAGAAUAUAAUAUAUUUACAAUAUUAGGUUAAUAAUUAUAUAUGUACUAUAGCAUUAUUAUUAUUAUUAUAUCUUACUUGUCUUACAUAAUAAUAUUCAAACCAGCUGAUGUGCUUUUGUCUUCUUGGUACUGCUUUUUCUUUUUUUCUUUCUUUAUUUUGGUACUAAUGUAAGCUCAUCUUCAUCCUCUAAUCUGUCAUAAUAUAAUGGUUGUCUGUUCUAUAUGCA